UGAUUUACUUUCCAUCAAACCACAAUCUCCCAUCUCCUCUCUUCCACUCCCUCGCCAUCUCUCAUCAUCCAAUCUCAGAUUUCAUACGUUUUCACACUCUCUCCUGCAAGAUUCAUUCAUCGUAGCUUAUACUCCAUCUGCAUCAAUCAAUCAGAGGAAGUUUCGCUUUGUUUGUGUUGAAAAUUACCCAAGAAAGCUGAUUCAGUUUUGUUAGGUUUUCUAUAAGCAAGAGACAAAUCGAGUGAUAAUGGAGAGCAAGAAGCAGGAAUCGGGAAGUUCUUCGUCUUCAUCGUUCACUGAAACUCUCUUCGGUCCUAAGGACGGCGGCUCCUCCUCCUCCUCCUCUGGCCGUUUUGGCUCUGUUUUCGGCCCUUCUUCCACGGGCUUAGCAAAAGACACAUCUCACUGCAGCAAGUACACUGGAACAGGAUCAGGAUCAUCGAAUAGCCAGGAUCCUAAUGGAGCCACUGCUUCUAGGGGAAAUUGGUGGCAAGGAUCUCUGUACUAUUAAAAAGCCUGCUAUUCUAGAAGAAGGUGUAAUGUAGGAUAUGGCAAAAUAGUAAAAACCUCAAAGAAUCAAGGGCCUUUGUAAUCCCCUGAUCUUUGUUAUAGUUCUUUUAAAAUUGUGUUCAAUCGGUUGUAAUACUUUUUUUAUAGAAGUUUUUUUUUAUUGUCUAGAGUUGUAAUCCAAGAAAACGAGAUUAUUUAAUUAGGCUUGUUAGUUUUAAAAGAUUUCAGACCGAUAUUUGUUGUGAAA